AUGAUGCGCAAAGAGUUUGUGGACCGGCGAGGCUGGCUGGACGACAGCCAGUUCACGGAGGUGUACCGAUAUGCCAAUGCCAUCCCGGGCCCCACGGGGAUGCAGAUGGUGGCGACACUUGGCACGCUGUGGUUGGGCACGUACCUGGGGGGCAUCCUAAUGCUCUUCUUCUUCAUGCUGCCGGGAUGCGUGUCCGUCUACUUUGUGUCAAGGUUCGUGGAAGGGGUGGGGCAGAACGAUUUCUUCUCGUUCAACACGCAGUGGUUCACGGAGUUUGGCCCGCAGAUCCCCUCCGAUGAGAAGGCCUCCACCUUCUCGCAGGCCGUUGUGGGCGCCGUUGCUGCUGCCCCUGCCUACGCCCUCCUCUACUCCUUCGCCCAUGCCCAGAACGUCGCCACCACCACGGACAGAGCUCUCAUCGCCAUAGUGGCUUCCAUCGUCUUCCUGCUGGCCCCGCACCACCUCUCGCACCUCCUCGUGCCCCUCGCCCUGCUCCUCGCCGCCCUCUUCCGCUACCUCGCCCCCUUCGACCGCCUCUUCUCCCCCCCCUCCUCUUCCUCCUCCCACGCCGCACACUCCUACUUCCCUUGGUCUGCUGCCAGACCUUCCCACCCUCACGCCUCGUCCGCCUCCUCUUCCUCCUCCACCUUCUCCUCCUCCUCCUCCUCUGCGGCCUCUGGCGUCCCUCUAACCUCCCAAGUGACUGACAUCUUCUUCCGCCCGCUGCUCAGCCGGAGAAACACCGCGGCAUACACUCAGCUAAGCGCCAGCGGUACCAGUGCCGAGCGGGUUCCACUCACAGCCAGAGGCGGGGGCGGACGGGGGGGGAACGGCUUGGUGGGAGCAGUCGCUGGGGCAGGCUCCCCUGCUUUCAGUGAAGGGGAUGAAGGGGAUGAGGAGGAGAGUAAGAAGCUUGGGAAGGGCUUGGCGGUUGGGGGGGUGGCGGGAGGGUUGGGGGAGGGUGGCGGGGCGGGGAUUGCGUGGGGAGAGUCGCUGGUGGUGUUGAGAGCCAAGGUGCACUCGCUGCCGUGGUCUGCCCUGCUGCUGCUCGCAUGGGCUGUCACGAAUCUGGCGUUUCUUUACUGCCGCACUCACGACGGGCGCGACCUGGGAUGGCUUGUGCUGACAGAGCUCAUCUGCCGCUCCGUGUCACUCGGCUUUGGGGGCGACUUCUUUCCUUUUGCCAUCAUGAAUAUGGAGUAUCUGCAGGAUAACGGCAUCUUAAGGCCACCCAUUGUCAACAUCAUCGCCCUUACAGCAACCAUCAUGUUGCCCGGCCAUUACUAUUCGGCCGUCACCUUCAUAGCAAUCUACAGCAUUGGUGUGAAGGGAGUGGUGGUGGGGCUAAUGGCAGUGGCUGUACCAACCUUCCUCUCCGCCUUCUCCCUCCUCCCCCUCUGGGACUCCUUACAACGCGACCAGGGCCUGGGAGCGGCAGUGGCUGGAGCUGGACUAGCUGGGGCGGGAGUGGAGAUUGCCGUUCUGCUGCACCUGCUGCUGCAAGUGGCAACAACAACAGGUCCGCUAGCUGUGGGCAUUCUCACGGCAUCAUUGGUUGCAGCAUUCCAGACUCCAGCGCCAAUAGCAGUGGCAACAGGGUCAGCAUUCGGGCUUAUCCUCUAUCUGUUCAACAUCGGGGGUCCGUACUGCUGGGUGCCAGCAUACAUGCGUCUCAACCCCGAAAUGGUCAAGCCGUGCCUGCUCCUGCACAAUCUCAAUACGCUCUUGUUCACACGCUAUUGA